AUGGCGGAACGUUUCAGUGUUGAAGAAGUAAUCAACGAAGUUUUUAAGGAUGGGAGUAGUGCAAAUGGCACCGAUUUAGCGGAGGGGGAGAGCGACGAUUGUGAAAAAAGUAUUGACAAAAGGUUAGCGGAAUUGUUGGCGAAAUUUGACGGCGGUAAAAACUUUAAUAAAGCAGUAUUUGUAAAAACUGCCGAGGAAAUGUUGUUGCCAUUGGCGAACGUAUGCCAGUUAAAAGAAUCGGACCCAAAUGUGGUAUCUCUCACUCAAACAUUGCUUUCUUCGUCAGUGAACGCUGCUGUUAUUUUCCGAUCUGAAAGCCUGUUAUGGCUUCAACGUAUUCACCGAAGACUGGCGGGAAAGAGAUCUAUCCGAAGACCAUAUUAUUGUGAGAUUUGCAGGGAAAUGCCAGUUGAACUGUUUAACAUCUUAGCUCGUUCCCUAAAUAU